AUGGACUCGACUCAGGGAAAGGUCCAACAACAACCAUCGAAUGAAUCUAGUCCAAGAUGCUACACCGAAAAACGAACACGUAAAACAUUAUCACUUCCGUCAGAUCCAUACAAGAACUGGACCUUUUCCAUGAAUGAGAAAUUUGUUUGUUUAUUGAAAAAGCAGAACCAGGAUGGUAUGGACGCAUCACAGGAUUACAUUCAAUAUAACAUACGAACAGGAGAUGUAUUGAAAAAACAAGUUUCAUCAAGUGUAAGAUUAAUCUCGUGCAACAAGGAUGGGAAAUAUGAAUUUCACUUAUCGUCGCAACACUUACAAGUAUUUAAUUCUCGUAAUUCAACGAUGGAAAAGGAAAUAUUUAUUUCGAGUAAUUCCAUAGAAUUUGCAAAAUGGAUCAAUGCUCACACAAUUGCUUUUGUAACAUGCAGUACUAGUUAUCAUUCGAUCGGUGAGAGAUGCGUUUAUCAUUGCAAAAAAGUAGUAUCAACAGACAAAAAGACGCAAUGGAACAUGGAAAAGAUCUUUGAAUUUUCAAACCAGCCAAUAGAAAAAAAAGUCAUCGAUAUGGGAAUGAACAUUUCGGAAGAUCAACACUAUGUCAAGUUAUUGAAUACGGAUUUCAAAGCGUGCACAUGCGUAUUAUAUUCAAGAACUUCUAAAAAUGUGACAUUUAAAGAAUUGGGUGACGGUUGUUUUGGAGCAAAGAUUUGGUAUUCUUCUCAAGAUGACAAGAAUAGUGAGAUCCGCCAACAAACUUCAAUGUUUAUUGCCGAGUGUGGCUCGAAAUGGACAUGCUAUCAAGCAGGAGGAUCAAAAGAGUUUACAUCGAGUCGAGCACAAGUAUAUCCUGUCACUCUCAUUGUGAAUGAAGAAUUAGGAAUAUUUUCCAGUUUGGAUAGCUCUGGAACUUGGAGCUGCUUUGACCUAUAUGAGUGCCAGAGAUUUCACAAAGACAGAAUUCCACAUAUAUUUAAACAUGUGGUUUCAAUAGAGAAUGGUUUUCUUUGUUUGGACUCGUCUUUGAAAUUAUUUAAGUUUACAUUUAAUGUUGAGUAUUUGAGGCUAAAUUAUGCAAAUGAUGACAGGCAAAAAUUUAAUCCAUGGAAGAGAAUACUUUAUGAAUACAAACCACAGAAAGAAAUGGAAACUUGUAUUGAACCCAUUUGUCGAUUGAAAAUAUUUCCGAGAGAUGAACAUCAAAAUGGGAGAAUUACAUGCGUCAAUGCUGUAAUUGCAAAGUAUUAUCCACAACUGUGGAAUAACGUCAUCAAAACAGAUCUUGAUUCUCAAUUCCUAUCACAGCAAGAAUUAUUGGUACUGAAUGAGUGUCUCGCUUGCCUAAUGUAUGGAAAAUCAAAAUUUGAAAGCAGAGAUUUAUUUUCACUGGCAUGUAUUUUACAUUAUUGCCACUCAGAAUUUCCAGAAUUGACUACACUCGUUGAAGCAUCCUUUGCAGAAAGCAUUUCGAUGGACAAUGUAUUUUCAUUGAUAGCGAGCAUUAGACACUUUUUAAUAGUUCAUCCAGAUAGCAUUCUAUUGAGGAAAUAUCUACAAAAAUGUCACGAUUUUUUACAAGAAUGCGAAAAUGAUGAAAAUAGAGAUCAAUUUGGUCCGUACUUACAUGCACUUGAUGAAUAUUUUAAUAGUAGCAACACAUCAUUUAAUUUGUUGGAUCAACAGCAACAAGGUUGUUGUUGUAUUAUCCAGCAUCCACCUAAACUCUCUGGCCUCACUCCCCUUUUCAAUGAUCCUGAAUUGAGUGAUGUUAAGGUCAAUGUAUUUGGUCAAGUCUUUCAUCUUCACAGAUCUAUUCUUUCCAAUGCAAGCACAUUUUUCGAGGUUUUACUUAACGAAGAGUCUCCAUUUAGUGACGUCUCCAAUGACGACGUUUUAAUUUUGCAAGAUCCUUGGAGUGAAAAUCAAUUGAACUCUAUAGAACAACAAGGAAUAUCUAAUGAGGAUCAACAACAGAUUGCCCUUCAAGUCAAAUCAACUGCCUUAAUUGUUUUACUCAAAUAUUGCUAUGGAAUGACAGAUCAAUUAUUAUUAUCAGACAAAGAAAAUUCCAAAACACAAAAACAUGUGUCAUCAACCAAUGUUCAUGACAUAUUUGACAACAAUGACGACUUUUUUUGGAAUGACGAACGAGUUACAACUGAACCUCUAGAAAACAACACCAACAACCAAUCACAACAACAUGCGGAAACCACUCAUUUAGAACCUUCUCAUUUACUCACUCUCUAUACCUAUGCCAAUUUCUAUCAAAUUCCUUCACUCAAGCAGCACGUCACGCAAUUAUUCAAGCAACAAUUAAGCGUCAACAAUUUUAUACAAGCCUGUUACUGGUUCACAAUCUAUCAAUUGCAGCAAUAUGAACAUUUACUUGAAGAUAUUCUUGAAUUUGGGACGAGGCAUGCACGAGAAAUUUUUGAAAAGUAUUCAGAUGAAGAAUUGGAACCUUAUGGAUUCAUCUUGACACGACUGGCAAGAAGAUUGGCCACACGUAUUCCUUUACAAUCUAAAGAAGACGAAUUGUGGCAAUGA